AUGAGCCAGGUCCUCAACUCGUCGGCGUCGGCCUUCUCGUCGCUCGUCGCCGCCCGGCAGCAGCUCACGCUCUCGAGCCAGGGCGCGCCGUCGGCCUCUCUCCGAGGGCACCCGGUCUACUCGCCGCACCCGUCGCACCCGACCGCCGACCCGGCCUGCGACCCCGACUACCCUCGCCUGUUCCACAUCUUCUGGGCCGGCCCGUUCACCGACAAGCCGUACACGGCGACCCUGUCGUUCCUGUUCACCCAGCGCCUCGCGCUCGACACGCCCAUCAACUCGGACCCGACUCGCGCCGACCACUCGCUGUGCCGCCCGCAGCUCUGGAUCUGGAUCAACCCGGGCCCGGCGUCGUCCAUCCCCGACCCUCGCGCCGAGCGACGCAUGCGCGACGACCUCGCGCGCAACCCGUGGUCGGCGCCGUUCCUCCACCCUCGGUUCCGCGACACGGUCAAGUUCCGCCUGUGGAACACGACCGAGCAGCUCGACGGCGUCGCCGAGAUGAAGGGCUGGCGCGACAUGCGCCUGUUCAACUCGGGCGGCGUCAAGUACGGUUCGGCGGGCAUGGCCCAGCAGGCCGAGAACCUCGCCCGUCGCGCCGACGAGUCGAGCGGCGACGACGACGACGCCCUGUUUGAGCGCGUCGGGUCGAGCGGCAACAACGACUACGACCGCCUGUCGGUCGUCCUGAGCGACAUGGCGCGCUUCGUCCUCACGCACCGGUUCGGCGGCGUGUACCUCGACGCCGACACGAUCCUGCUCCGCGACUGGACCGAGCUGUGGAACUGGCACGGCGCGUUCGCGUAUCGGUGGUCGCGCCUCGAGAAGUACAACACGGCCGUCCUCAAGAUGCAGCGCGGCAGCGCCAUCGGCCACCUCGUCUUCCGCUCGGCCGUCGCCAACGGCCUCGACUUUCACCCGAUGACGGUCAGUCGGUACACCAAGGACGCCAACGUCGAGGGCCUGCUCCUUCGCCUGCCCGACGCCCUCUUCGACCCGGCGUGGCUCAACACCGAGUACUACCAGCGCGACCGUCCGCCGCAGCCCUACUUCAAGCGGUUCGAGGACUUUUUCGACACGCCCAAGGAGAUCAACGCGGCGCCAGUCGCGGCCGGCUUCGACGGGUUCUUCAAGGGCGCGUUCAGCUACCACUUCCACAACUUCUGGUGGAUCCCGUUCGACGCGGCGCGCAACUUCCCCGACCUCGGUCCUCGGUUCCACGCCGGCGAGCGCGUGGUUCGAGGGCGCCUGCUCGCCGCCAAGCUCGCGGCCAACCCGCAGGCGGCGUCGUCGUCGACCGGCGGCAAGGACGGCGACAACGGGCCAUCGCCGACCGCUCCGGGCGAGACGGCGGCCGCCGCCGCACGACCUGUCCGCGUCGACGACGACGAGCGCGACCUGAGCUGGGCGGCCGUCCUCAAGCGCACGUUCGAGGCGUUCGUCCGAGGCGAGCGGCCCAACAUGUACGGCGAGUGGCUGAGCUGGGACGAGAACGAGGCCGAGGACGAGUACUGA